AUGGAUUUAGAAGGUGGACAAACUAGCAAAAGAGGUGAUGAGAAGCCAAUGGAGGGACUGAGCCGCCAGUUCCACCACUCCCUGAAUCUUAACAAAGUUAUCAUUUGGAUGACUGUGUUAGUCAUUGCAGCUGAUGUAUUUAUCGUUCUAUACCGCUCAGGUUACCCUAAUCCUCCCUCAUUGCCCACUUCUCGAGACUCCAAAGAGUACUCUUUUGCAUCCCAAGUUUUCAGUUCUGGACAAGCAAAAAAUGUUUCCUCCUCUUCAUCUACUAGCUCUGGUGAUCAGUCCUGCGGUGGAAAUCGAUCUUCACCAAAUCCCCAGGUUGACAAAGACAGUGAAAAAACCAAGUUGGAGAGAGUAUUAUGUAAGGCAGCCACGGUCGACAAAACUGUUAUCUUCACAGCAGCAAAUGCAGCAUGGACAACUCCAGGUUCUUUAAUAGAUCUCUUCCUUGAGGGAUUUAGAAUUGGCGACCAGACAAUAUCCCUUCUGAAUCAUUUGGUAAUUGUGGCCAUGGACCAAAAGGCAUACUCUCGUUGCUUGGAGGUGCACCACCAUUGUUAUGCACUUACUACAGAAGGGGUAAACUUUUCCGGUGAGGCCCAUUUCAUGAGCGAACAGUACUUGAAGAUGAUGUGGAGAAGACUUGAUUUUAUGCGAACCAUUCUUGAGCUAGGAUACAACUUCAUUUUCACGGAUUCUGAUAUACUUUGGUUGCGAAAUCCAUUUCCACGAUUUUAUGAGGAUGCAGAUUUCCAAAUUGCUAGUGACGAAUAUAGAUUCAACUCUACCGACCCAAAUAACAAAUCCAACGCAGGUUUCAUAUAUGUAAGGUCAAACAACAAAACUCUCCAGUUUUACAACUUCUGGUACUGGUCAAAAGAGACAUAUCCUGGUAAGAAUGAGCAAGAUGUGUUCAACAGGCUCAAAAAAAAUCCUUUUAUCAGUGAGAUUGGAUUAAAGAUGAGAUUCUUGGACACACAGUACUUUAGUGGAUUUUGUCAGCCAAGUAAGGAUCUGAAUGUAGUUUGCACAAUGCAUGCAAAUUGUUGUUAUGGUAUACGUAACAAAAUCCAUGACCUUCAGAGGGUGAUUGAUGACUGGAGAGACUACAGGGAAUCACCAAGAAACAGUACAAACCCAUACCCUUGGGGUUUUGCGAAAAAGUACUGUGCAUAA